AUGGAGCAGAAGAGACUGUAUCAGGACUGGUCUGAGCGUGGGUCAUUUACAGACAGAAAGAGAAGAGAGUACAAGAGAGGAGAGUCAAAGAGAGGAGAGUCAAAGAGAGGAGAGUCCAAGAGAGGAGAGUACAAGAGAGGAGAGUACAAGAGAGGAGAGUCCAAGAGAGGAGAGUCUAAGAGAGGAGAGUACAAGAGAGGACAGUCCAAGAGAGGAGAGUACAAGAGAGGAGAGUACAAGAGAGGAGAGUCCAAGAGAGGAGAGUCAAAGAGAGGAGAGUACAACAGAGGAGAGUACAAGAGAGGAGAGUACAAGAGAGGAGAGUCCAAGAGAGGAGAGUCCAAGAGAGGAGAGUACAAGAGAGGAGAGUCCAAGAGAGGAGAGUCAAAGAGAGGAGAGUCAAAGAGAGGAGAGUCCAAGAGAGGAGAGUACAAGAGAGGAGAGUACAAGAGAGGAGAGUCCAAGAGAGGAGAGUCUAAGAGAGGAGAGUACAAGAGAGGAGAGUCAAAGAGAGGAGAGUACAACAGAGGAGAGUACAAGAGAGGAGAGUACAAGAGAGGAGAGUACAAGAGAGGAGAGUCCAAGAGAGGAGAGUACAACAGAGGAGAGUCCAAGAGAGGAGAGUCCAAGAGAGGAGAGUCCAAGAGAGGAGAGUACAACAGAGGAGAGUCCAAGAGAGGAGAGUACAAGAGAGGAGAGUACAACAGAGGAGAGUCCAAGAGAGGAGAGUACAAGAGAGGAGAGUCCAAGAGAGGAGAGUCCAAGAGAGGAGAGUACAAGAGAGGAGAGUACAACAGAGGAGAGUCCAAGAGAGGAGAGUCCAAGAGAGGAGAGUCCAAGAGAGGAGAGUCCAAGAGAGGAGAGUACAACAGAGGAGAGUCCAAGAGAGGAGAGUCCAAGAGAGGAGAGUCCAAGAGAGGAGAGUCCAAGAGAGGAGAGUACAAGAGAGGACAGUCCAAGAGAGGAGAGUACAAGAGAGGAGAGUACAAGAGAGGAGAGUCCAAGAGAGGAGAGUACAAGAGAGGAGAGUCCAAGAGAGGAGAGUACAAGAGAGGAGAGUACAAGAGAGGAGAGUACAAGAGAGGAGAGUACAAGAGAGGACAGUCCAAGAGAGGAGAGUACAAGAGAGGAGAGUCUAAGAGAGGAGAGUCCAAGAGAGGAGAGUACAAGAGAGGACAGUCCAAGAGAGGAGAGUACAAGAGAGGAGAGUCCAAGAGAGGAGAGUCAAAGAGAGGAGAGUCAAAGAGAGGAGAGUCCAAGAGAGGAGAGUACAAGAGAGGAGAGUACAAGAGAGGAGAGUCCAGAGAGGAGAGUCUAAGAGAGGAGAGUACAAGAGAGGAGAGUCAAAGAGAGGAGAGUACAACAGAGGAGAGUACAAGAGAGGAGAGUACAAGAGAGGAGAGUACAAGAGAGGAGAGUCCAAGAGAGGAGAGUCCAAGAGAGGAGAGUACAAGAGAGGAGAGUCCAAGAGAGGAGAGUCCAAGAGAGGAGAGUCCAAGAGAGGAGAGUCCAAGAGAGGAGAGUACAAGAGAGGAGAGUCCAAGAGAGGAGAGUACAAGAGAGGAGAGUACAAGAGAGGAGAGUCCAAGAGAGGAGAGUACAAGAGAGGAGAGUCCAAGAGAGGAGAGUACAAGAGAGGAGAGUACAAGAGAGGAGAGUACAAGAGAGGAGAGUACAAGAGAGGACAGUCCAAGAGAGGAGAGUACAAGAGAGGAGAGUCUAAGAGAGGAGAGUCCAAGAGAGGAGAGUACAAGAGAGGAGAGUCCAAGAGAGGAGAGUACAAGAGGGAGAGUCAGAGAGGAGAGUCCAAGAGAGGAGAGUCCAAGAGAGGAGAGUCAAAGAGAGGAGAGUCCAAGAGAGGAGAGUACCAAGAGAGGAGAGUACAAGAGAGGAGAGUACAAGAGAGGAGAGUCCAAGAGAGGAGAGUCUAAGAGAGGAGAGUACAAGAGAGGAGAGUCAAAGAGAGGAGAGUACAAGAGAGGAGAGUACAAGAGAGGAGAGUACAAGAGAGGAGAGUACAAGAGAGGAGAGUCCAAGAGAGGAGAGUACAGAGAGGAGAGUCCAAGAGAGGAGAGUCCAAGAGAGGAGAGUCCAAGAGAGGAGAGUACAAGAGAGGAGAGUCCAAGAGAGGAGAGUCCAAGAGAGGAGAGUACAAGAGAGGAGAGUACAAGAGAGGAGAGUCCAAGAGAGGAGAGUCCAAGAGAGGAGAGUACAAGAGAGGAGAGUCCAAGAGAGGAGAGUACAAGAGAGGAGAGUCCAAGAGAGGAGAGUACAAGAGAGGAGAGUCCAAGAGAGGAGAGUCCAAGAGAGGAGAGUCAAGAGAGGAGAGUCCAAGAGAGGAGAGUACAAGAGAGGAGAGUCCAAGAGAGGAGAGUACAAGAGAGGAGAGUCCAAGAGAGGAGAGUCAAGAGAGGAGAGUACAAGAGAGGAGUAAGUCCAAGAGAGGAGGAGAGUACAAGAGAGGAGAGUCCAAGAGAGGAGAGUCCAAGAGAGGGAGAGUCCAAGAGAGGAGAGUCCAAGAGAGGAGAGUACAAGAGAGGAGAGUACAAGAGAGGAGAGUCCAAGAGAGGAGAGUACAAGAGAGGAGAGUACAAGAGAGGAGAGUACAAGAGAGGAGAGUCCAAGAGAGGAGAAAGGAGAGUGAGAGGAGAGUACAAGAGAGGAGAGUACAAGAGAGGAGAGUCCAAGAGAGGAGAGUACAAGAGAGGAGAGUCCAAGAGAGGAGAGUACAAGAGAGGAGAGUACAAGAGAGGAGAGUCCAAGAGAGGAGAGUCCAAGAGAGGAGAGUACAAGAGAGGAGAGUCAAGAGAGGAGAGUCCAAGAGAGGAGAGUACAAGAGAGGAGAGUACAGAGAGGAGAGUCACAAGAGAGGAGGAGUACAAGAGAGGAGAGUCCAAGAGAGGAGAGUACAAGAGAGGAGAGUACCACAGAGAGGAGAGUCCAAGAGAGGAGAGUACAAGAGAGGAGAGUCCAAGAGAGGAGAGUACAAGAGAGGAGAGUCCAAGAGAGGAGAGUCCAAGAGAGGAGAGUACAAGAGAGGACAGUCCAAGAGAGGAGAGUCCAGAGAGGAGAGUCCGAAGAGAGGAGAGUACAAGAGAGGAGAGUACAAGAGAGGAGAGUCCAAGAGAGGAGAGUCCAAGAGAGGAGAGUCCAAGAGAGGAGAGAGAGAGGAGAGUACAAGAGAGGAGAGUACAAGAGAGGAGGUUCGCUUCCCAAUUCAUCAACACUUCUCCUCCGCCGACCUUCCUCCCCAUCCGUAACAUCUCCCCACUCACUCUUCCCCCCUCACAUCACUGGACACCUCUUACGUCCACCCCCAAUAUCCAGUACCUUCCCUCCCAUGUCAUCUCUCCUCUUCCCGCUCCUCCCCCGACCUCUCACUCCCAUCUUAUCGCCCUCUCAUUCCCGCUCCCACAAUUCACUCCUCUCCCGCCCAUCUCCUCUUCCUCACCCCCUCUCUCCAUCUCAGGUACUCCCCCAACUCCCGCUUCCUCACUCACCUCCCCUCUUCUCCCCACCGCUCCCUUCCUUCUCCCAAUUCUCCUCUCCUGCCGCAGUCUCAGCCGCCUCCGCCCUCCCGCCCCUCUCUCCUACCCCCUCUGUUCCCUCUCUCCACCGUCCUCAUUCUUCGAGGCACCAUCCGCUCUCACCCGCAACCCACCGCACCGCAAUCCACACUCUCCCGCCUUCCUCUCCUGUGUUUUCCUUGUGUUCGCUCUCUCGUCUCCUCUGGGCAUGGUGUCUCUACUGGACUCUCUGGAUAUCAAUGGGCCUACGCCCUCUUCCUCUCAAACACACCACGCUUCCGAUUCUCGAUGCUCCCCCUCCACCCCUCCCCACACCGCCCACAGGCUUACCUGCAUCCCUCUUCUUUCUUUCCUCCCCCCGGAUCACCGCACUCCCCCCACCCCACGAGGCCCUUUCCGCCACGUGGACGACCCAUCCACCUUCAUCGAUAGUCCUCGGAUGCCGAGGACAUGUAUGCCUCGCUUGCCCACCGUAUAUGCCCCAUUAACCCCCUGCAGCCCCUGCUUCCUCAGCACAGGAGACCAGUCUGCCAAAGGGAACUAUGGCCUCCUGGACCAGAUCCAGGCUCUGCGAUGGCUGAAUGAGAACAUCGGUCACUUUGGGGGAGACCCCGAGAGGAUCACCAUCUUUGGGUCCGGAGCGGGGGCCUCCUGUGUCAACCUGCUGAUCCUGUCCCACCAUUCUGAGGGUUUUUCCACAAUAAUCACACUCUACACCCCAUUGUCUUGUGUCAUCUUCAUAACAUCUGCAUCUGCACGGCUCCAUCUCACUCCACCCCCCUCCACACUGACAGCCUCAGGCCUCUUCCAUCGAGCCAUCGCUCAGAGUGGGACUGCCAUCUCCAGCUGGUCUGUGAACUACCAGCCUCUGAAGUACACUAAGAUCCUGGCCCGGAAGGUGGGCUGCACCUACACCGAGACCGCAGACCUGGUGGACUGUCUCCGCAGGAAGAACUUUAGAGAGCUAGUGGACCAGGACAUCCAACCUGCACGCUACCACAUCGCAUUCGGACCAGUGGUGGACGGGGACGUGGUGCCGGAUGACCCAGAGAUACUCAUGCAGCAGGGGGAGUUCCUGAACUAUGACAUGCUGAUCGGAGUGAACCAGGGAGAAGGGAUGAAGUUUGUGGACGACAGUGAAGACAACGAGGGCAUCUCUGCAGCCGCCUUCGACUACACCAUCUCCAACUUUGUGGACAACCUCUACGGAUACCCAGAAGGCAAAGACAUCCUCCGAGAGACCAUCAAGUUCAUGUACACAGACUGGGCGGACCGGGACAACGGGGACAUGAGGAGGAAGACUCUGCUCGCACUGUUCACAGAUCACCAGUGGGUGGCGCCGGCGGUGGCUACAGCGAAGCUUCACGCCGAGUUCCAGUCUCCUGUCUUCUUCUACACAUUCUACCACCACUGCCAGACGGAGGCGCGACCCGAGUGGGCGGAUGCGGCGCACGGGGAUGAGAUCCCGUAUGUGUUCGGCGUCCCCAUGGUCGGAGCCACAGACCUGUUCCCCUGCAACUUCUCCAAGAACGACGUCAUGCUCAGCGCCGUGGUCAUGACCUACUGGACCAACUUUGCCAAGACCGGAGACCCCAACCUGCCGGUGCCCCAGGACACUAAGUUCAUCCACACCAAACCCAACCGCUUCGAGGAGGUCAUCUGGACCAAGUUCAACUCCAAGGACAAGCAGUACCUGCACAUCGGCCUGAAGCCCCGCGUCCGAGACAACUACCGCGCCAACAAGGUGGCCUUCUGGUUGGAGCUGGUGCCGCACCUGCACAGCCUGCACGAGGAGCUGUUUCCUACCACCACCCGGUCCCCGGCAGGCUCAAACCCGGGCCCUCGCACCUGGCCCCGCACACCGGGGCCCCGCACCACCCGCCACCCAUACCCCACUUUCCCCUCAGACCUGGAGCCUGAAGGUUCAGACCGGCCGGACCAGAACCUGUUCCCCUCCGACACGCGAGACUACUCCACCGAGCUGAGCGUGACGGUUGCUGUGGGCGCCUCGCUGCUGUUCCUCAACAUCUUAGCGUUCGCCGCACUCUACUACAAGCGAGAUAAGCGGCACGAGAUGCGGCGGCACCGGCUGUCCCCUCAGCGCGGCACGGCGAAUGACCUAGCGCACAGUCAGGAAGAGGAGAUCAUGUCGCUGCAGAUGAAGCACUCGGAGCACGACCCGCACCACGACCUGGAGCCGCUGAGGCCUCACGACAUCCUGCGGCCGUCCUGUCCGCCAGACUACACCUUGGCUCUGCGCCGCGCCCCGGACGACGUGCCCCUGAUGACCCCCAACACCAUCACCAUGAUCCCCAGCACCAUCAGCAGCAUGCAGCCGCUGCACGCUUUCAACACCUUCCCCAGCACGGGCCAAAACAACACGCUGCCGCAUCCGCACUCCACCACACGGUGGGGAACUAUGCAUGUGGUGGAGAGAAGGAGGGGGGGGGGGGGGGGGGGUGGAGGGGAGGAGGAGGAGAGGAGGAGGAGGGGGAGGAGGAGGAGAGGAGGAGGAGGGGGAGGAGGAGGGGGAGAGUAUAUAGCACAGACUCUCUCCAGGACCUUCACUCUUUGGACGCAGCAGCAGCAGAUCUUCGUCUCGUCCUUUUCAAAAAUGCUGUCCCUGCUGUGCCUCCUGCUCAGCCCGGUCCUGGUGCUCUCCUCGCUCCCUGAGGCUCAGACAGACUUCGGCUUCAGACUCUUCUCAGCUUUGGUUCAGGACCGUUCCAACCACAGUCUGGUGUUUUCUCCUGUGGGAAUCACUGCAGUUCUGUCUAUGGUCCAGCAGGGGGCGUCCGGACACACACACAGAGCCCUGACGGAGGCCAUGGGAUACUCCCUCAGAGAGCGGGGCCUGGCCCGGCAGCAGCGCCUCCUGCUGGCCCGGCUGUCUCAGGUCACAGACUCUGCGUCCGGGUUGUUUCUGGAGAGAACUCUGUCUUUGGGGAAAAGCUUCAGACGAUCUUUGAACAAAGCAUUUAGCAGCAGCGCGCACCAGGUGGACCUCAGCAGACCAGAAGAGGCCCGGGAGGUCAUCAACGCCUGGGUGUCCGACCACACACAUGGGGCCAUCCCGGACUUCCUGGCCCCCGGGUCUCUCUCUGAGGAGACUCGGCUGCUGCUGCUGAAUGCACUACACUUCCACGGCCGCUGGAGGGCGCCCUUCGACCGCCGCAUGACGCACGAGAGGAUGUUCCACUGCGCCAACGGCAGCAGUGCCACGGUCCACAUGAUGAGAAUCACCGAGAGGUUCCAGUACGGUGAGUUUGUGAGCUCUGACGGUCUGGACUAUGAUGUCAUCGAGGUGCCGUACCAGGUGGAGGACCUGAGUCUGCUGCUGGUGUCUCCCUUCGAGCCUGAGGUCCCUCUGAGCGCCCUCUCCACAGAUCUGACCAGUCACACUCUGAGGAGGUGGAGGCAGGGGAUGAGGACUGUGAAGAAGCAACUGGCCCUGCCCAGAUUCACUCUUGUGUCUGAUCUCAACAUGAAGAAGGUUCUGACCAACAUGGGGCUGGGAAACAUGUUCAACCUGGCAACCGCGGACUUCACCCGCAUCACCACCGAUGAGAGACUUUGUGUUUCUCAGAUUCUGCAGAAAGUCAGACUGGAAGUGAACGAGGACGGCACUGAGGGAGCAGCGGCUUCAGCUGCUGUCAUGUUUUCCCGUAUGGCUGUGGACGAGAUCACUCUGGACCGACCUUUCCUCUUCCUGAUCCAACACAAGCCCACAGGAGCUGUUCUCUUCAUGGGUCAGUUCAACGAGCCUCAGUCGGUGUGA